GUAGAAUCACACCCCUGUAUAAACCCAGCUCCCAAAAUGAGCCCCAGUUAAGAUCAGCCAGAUGGAUGCGUUUAGUGCUGAAUUUCCCUGAAAAUUAAGACCUAACUGUAAGCCCUAAGUGUCUUUUGGAGCAAAAUAAUAAUAAUAAUGUAAAACCCGGUCUUAUUUUCGGGGAAACACAGGUAGCUAUACUUAAAUUAUGCAUUAUUUUAAUAUGCUAUUUUUUUUUAAUGUUUUCCCGUAUCAGAACAAUUCUCCUUAGUGUCAUCUCACUCCUGAAUGAACCAAACACUUUCUCUCCUGCAAAUGUGGACGCUUCAGUGAUGUACAGAAAGUGGAAAGAGAGCAAAGGGAAGGAUCAAGAAUACACGGACAUCAUCAGGAAACAAGUCCUGGGAACCAAGGUGGAGGCCGAAAGGGACGGAGUCAAAGUCCCCACCACGCUAGCGGAGUAUUGCGUCAAGACCAAGACGCCAGCCCCGGACGAAGGCUCCGACCUCUUCUACGACGACUAUUAUGAAGACGACGAGAUGGACGACGAGGUGGAAAGCUGCUACGGGGACGAGGACGACUCCGGCAACGAGGAGUCUUGACGAGGGAUCCCCCGCCCCGUCCCCCCUUCUUUCGCCACCCCCCUCCCCGUCCCUCCUCCCCCUCUCCUCCUCCCUCCACCGCUGCCUCCUGCUGCUGCACCUGAUAGUAGCAAUAAAUUACCUGACUCAUACUUGAACCCAGGAUCCAACCCGGCUGAGACCUGGAAA